UGGAUAACAUUAGGUUCUUUCUCUAUUUUAAUCUAGGCACAUUUGUGGCCAGAUCGGUCCUUUUGCACGUUGUAGCAGCAGGAAGAAAAUGUGUUGACCGUCCUCUGAUGUAGUUUGUAGUGUGUAAUCUUUAUAUUUUGACCCGUUCAACAAUAUGGAGUGGCAGUAACAGUUUUGUUACAAUGCCCACAUAAGGUGCCAUUUCAGGGAACAUAAAACACCCCCAGCGAUGUCUGUAAACCGUUGCGUGUAUUUGUUUUCUCGGCUUAAACGCCAUAUUAAUACCCGGGCUACUCGCUUCACUGCUGGUAGCUGUCGUGUGCCUUCUGGGUCUAAUUUUUUGCUCAAACAGCAUCAGGGCAAUUCAGUAGUUUAUUGCAGAGAUGUUUCUUCUAACAAUUCAAGUCCUAAGCCCCCAGACACCUCGCUAUUUGUUCCUGUCUCCCUGAAGACUGACGUCUUGGCUGACGGGAGCGUAGGAGCCGAGCUGACCCAGCCGCUCGAUAAAAAUGAACUAUUAAAAGUUUUGAACCGGUUUUAUAAAAGAAAGGAGAUGCAGAAGCUGGCUGCAGACCACGGCCUGGAUGCUCGUCUGUUCCACCAAGCCUUCAUUAGCUUCAGGAAGUAUGUCUUGGAGAUGAUGUCACUCCCUGCUGAUCUGCACAUCAUCCUCAGUGACAUCUGCUGUGGUGCAGGUCAUAUUGAUGAUAUUUAUCCAUACUUUAUGCGCCAUGCCAAACAAAUUUUUCCUAUGCUGGAAUGUAUGGAUGACCUAAGAAAGAUCUCAGAUCUUCGAGUCCCUGUCAACUGGUACCCUGAAGCUCGUGCAAUCCAGAGGAAGGUAAUCUUCCAUGCUGGACCCACUAACAGUGGAAAAACCUACCAUGCCAUCCAGCGCUACCUGGCUGCCAAGUCUGGAGUCUACUGUGGCCCUCUGAAACUGCUGGCCCACGAGAUCUUUGAGAAGAGCAACAAUGCUGGUGUGCCGUGUGACUUGGUUACCGGUGAGGAAAGGACCUUUGUAGAUCCAGAGGGUCGAGCUGCUGGACAUGUAGCAUGUACUAUCGAGAUGUGUAGUGUCACAACACCUUAUGAGGUGGCUGUAAUCGAUGAAAUUCAAAUGAUCAGAGAUCCUUCCAGAGGCUGGGCGUGGACUCGAGCACUGCUGGGUCUGUGUGCCGAGGAGAUCCACGUUUGUGGGGAAUCUGCAGCUAUAGACUUUAUCAGAGAGCUGAUGUACACCACUGGAGAGGAGGUGGAGGUCCACACCUACCAGCGCUUGACUCCAUUCUCAGUCUUGGAUCAGGCCGUGGAGUCGUUAGACAACCUGAGACCAGGAGACUGCAUUGUGUGCUUCAGCAAAAAUGACAUCUACUCCAUAAGCAGACAGAUUGAAGCCAGGGGACUAGAGUGUGCUGUGAUUUAUGGCAGUUUACCUCCAGGCACUAAGCUGUCACAGGCCAAGAAGUUCAAUGACCCUGAUGAUCCCUGUAAGAUCCUGGUCGCUACUGAUGCUAUUGGCAUGGGUCUAAACCUGAGUAUAAAACGAAUCAUCUUCAACAGUCUAGUAAAGCCUAAUGUUAAUGAAAAAGGGGAGAAGCAGAUGGAGACCAUCAGCACGUCACAGGCUCUACAGAUUGCAGGCCGAGCAGGGAGAUUUUCCUCUAAAUUUAAAGAGGGAGAGGUCACAACCAUGCAUCGUGAAGACCUGAUUGUCCUCAAGGAAAUCCUCAGCCACUCUGUCGAUCCCAUAGAGACUGCAGGUCUCCAUCCAACUGCAGAGCAGAUAGAGAUGUUUGCUUAUCAUCUGCCUGAUGCUUCACUCUCCAACCUUGUAGAUAUAUUUGUCAGCCUCUCUCAAGUGGAUGGUCUGUAUUUUGUCUGUAACAUUGAUGACUUCAAGUUUCUCGCCGACAUGAUCCAGCAUAUACCUCUCAACCUGAGAUCACGCUACGUCUUCUGUACUGCUCCCAUCAACAAAAAACAGCCUUUCGUAUGCACCUCCUUUCUUAAGUUUGCCCGACAGUUCAGUCGAGACGAACCCCUGACGUUUAACUGGGUUUGUCGUCACAUCAGCUGGCCUCUGGCUGCACCCAAAAACAUAAAAGAUCUGGUUCACCUAGAAGCUGUCCAUGAUGUGCUGGAUCUCUACCUCUGGUUAAGCUACCGCUUCAUGGACAUGUUUCCAGAUACAGCCUCGAUCCGGCAAAUCCAGCAGGAGCUUGAUGAUAUCAUACAGCAGGGUGUUCGAAAUAUCACCCGUCUCAUCAGAGCCACUGAACCAAACAUAACUGACCCACUGCAGACGCAGAGCAACAUGCAUGGCCAGUCAGGUGGUAGUGGGACUGCCAGCAGUAUGUCUUUGACAAGCAGAGGUCAGAAAGGCUCAGGAGAGAUGACCAAAAGCUCCCUGACAAGUCGUCUGGUGAGAGACGGGCUGCUGACCCCUGAUAUGCUCAGGCAGCUGCAGAUGGAGUGGUCUAAAGACCAAAAACAGGAAGUCAGCAAUCUGAGUGGGGUCAGUUUUGAACAUCAAAAGAAGAACAAUAAAGGGAGGAGAAAAAAUAAGAAGAAAUGAAGAAUAAGUCAAGUCACGCAUUGAUCAUCAUCUUCAUGGUUAUCUCUAUCAACCAAUGCAAACCUUGGAAUAAGAUCUCUGUCUAAAUUCAUGAACUGAUGCUGUUUAAAGAUGUAUAUGCAGCAACAAUGUGAACCAAACAGCUGUGUUUGUGGCUGUUUGGUCUGGAUUUAUACCAGAAGACUUGCUUGUUCAGUGUUUUGACAUUAUCUUUUUGUUUGACACUUAGCUAGUUUUCGUCUAGCCUACAAGUGGAUGUUGGAAAAUGUUACUAGUUCACCUUACCCUGAGCUUCCGGCUGCUGUUCCCUCUGAAGGAUCUGGCAUCUGGUGUGAGAUUUUUCAUUGUCAAUGUGAAAAGAAUCACCUUGGUAACUAUUAAAACACCAAAGCAACCACAAAAACUCAGCUUCCUCUAAUCCUAGCUUUGGUUUAUGUAAAAUGAACACAUUCAAGUGUUUCACGUCCUCUAUGAGAUGGCACAAACUUGCAAGUAGUAUUUUUUUUUUUUUUUUAUUCCAGCUUUUUUGAAGAACGUCAUACAGUGAAAUGAGGAAAAAAACAUUUUAAAAAUGUUUUACACACUUGUCUUUUGUUUUGUCACAGCUCAGGCAGUGGGCUUCAUCGCAGAACAGACUGAACUGCAAACAGACGCUAACGGAUGACACAGCCCUGUUGGUGUCUGUAUGCAAACAAAUAGCUUUUUUUUUUUCUCUCCAUCUGUACAUUUAAGCAAUGGCAUUUCUCAAUAAAAAUAACUUUUCA